GUGUUUUUUUUCUUCGGUUUAAAGAGAUGAUAGAAAGAGAUGGUUUUUUAAAUUGUAAAUAAACUUAAUUUAAUGUUUAAUAUAACCAGUUAGCUAUACUUUUGUUAUUUCUUUCUAGUAUGAACGAUUUGGACAAAGAUAAGGGAACUAGUAUAACUAAGAAGAAUCAACCGGGAUUAAAUUCAUCAUCGUCUAAUUGGAACUUAAAUAAUACAGAAUCAACAUCUAGCUCAACAUCCCCACCCAGUCAAUCUUCCAAAGACGCAUCGGUACCAGUUAACCGAGUCACUUCCAAUGAAACUGGGCCAACUAAUAACAACCGUAUUAGAGAUUCGGAAGCUCCUUUCAAUUCUAGCAGUGUAACUAAACUCACUGCAGAUAGUCAAUCAUCGGAUGAAUCAGCUUUGUCUGUGAACACAGCUAAAAAUGAAGCAGCUACAGGAUAUUUCAAUUGGCAGGCGUCCAGAACAACUGUUCAAGAAAGGUUAGCUUCUUUAUUCAAUAGUGAAACCCUAGCUGAUGUACAUUUCAUUGUUGGUCUUGGUAAUCCUCCAACUCGGAUACCUGCUCACAAAUUCGUCUUGUCGAUAGGAAGUCCUGUUUUUGAUGUUAUGUUCAAUGGACAAUUAGCUUCUACCGAUGAAGAAAUAGAAAUUCCUGAUAUAACAGAUGUACCUGCGUUCAUGGCACUUCUUCGUUUUCUUUACACCGAUGAAAUUGUUAUUGGACCGGAAACAGUUAUGACUACUCUAUAUGCUGCAAAAAAAUAUGCUGUGCCUAUCCUUGAGAGUGCUUGUGUUGGUUUUCUCAAGCAGAAUCUCAGUCCAGAUAAUGCCUUCAUGCUUCUCAUGCAGUCUCGUUUAUUUGAUGAGAACGUUCUAGCUCAGAUGUGUUUAGAUACAAUUGAUAAAAGUGCUGAAGAAGCUUUGGAAGCUGAAGGAUUUUUGGACAUCGACCAUGCAACGUUAAUUUCAGUAUUAGAAAGGAAUACUCUUCAAAUAAAAGAGAUCAACUUAUUUAGAUCGGUUAUUAAAUGGGCGAAAGCUGAAUGUACUCGUCAAAAUCUUCCGGCUAAUCUAGAAAAUCAAAGAAAAGUUCUUGGUAAAGCUCUUUAUGCAAUUAGGUUUCCCCUUAUGACCAUCGAAGAGUUUGCCGUUGAUGUAGUUGAAUCAGGAAUCCUUUCAGAUCGCGAAUGUGUUAAUUUGUUCCUUCAUUUUGUUCGAAAUCCGAAACCAGCCAUUGAAUUUCCUGAAGAGCCUCGUUCGUGUGUUAGAAAAGAAGAGGUUGUUCGUCGUUUUGCGCGAACUGACUUGAGAUGGGGUUACAGUGGAACUAGUGAUAGAAUAAGAUUUGUUGUUGAUAGAAGAAUUUAUAUUGUCGGCUUUGGAUUAUAUGGUUCAAUCCAUGGUGUUUCCGAUUAUCAAUGUACUAUUCAAAUUAUCCAUACUGGAUCAAGUAAAGUUUUAGCUACAAAUGAAACUGGAUUUACGUGUGAUGGAUCAGCACGAGCAUUUCGAGUUAUGUUUCAAAAACCAGUUGAAAUUGAACCUGAUGUUAAUUAUACAGCCUGUGCAACACUAAAGGGAUCUGAUUCUCAUUAUGGUGCUGGAGGUAGCCGAAAAGUUGUUGUUGACCUAGUAUGUGGCGGUAAAGUGACUUUUCAUUUCUCUUAUGCUGCCGGAUGUAAUAAUGGAACUUCAAUUGAAGAUGGACAAAUUCCAGAGCUAAUUUUCUACACAUAAAUUUUAUAUUUCAUCUUUUGAAUCAACUUUGAUUGUUUUAUUUUGACGUUGACCCAAUCACUCAUUUAUCCUAAUUUAUCGCAUUCGUAUAUUGUGAUUUAUAGACGACUGAAUUGAUAUAAAUUUUUUGUCAAAAUGGUCAAAAAAUACUAUAUUAAUAUUAUAUUAUAAUAUUAUGGAAAUUUUGAGUGGAUAUUAAUUUUAAUAUGUAAAUUAAUGAUACCCCAUUUUUUAUCCAACCUGUAAACUGAAAGUAAAAGCAGCUCGCAUUUAACUUAAGGCGA